AUGUCUCGGUGGCCACAGACUCUGAUAGUGAAGAGUUUGAAUCUGAAGCAGAACCUGAGAAUGAAAUGGCUCAAACACGUAGUCGAACAACUGAGCAGAGACGCAGUGUUUCGUCCAGCACUAGUGCAACUUCAGCAUCCAUGACUCGGCAAACUCCUGACAAACAUGAACACUCUCCUGGAACAUCUGUGCCUAUACCAAAAGAAGAGUCAGUCCGUCGAGCAGUACCUACCCGAAAGAAGACCUCUAGUGGU